AUGAAUUGUUAGCCAGCAGUAGACACAUCUUCUCCUCAAACCCUUGAGAAAAUCAAGCAUAAACUUAUGUCACAAAAUUAGAAAGAUCAAAAGCGAAGAGAGGAUUUGAUAAACAGAGAAAAUAUGAGAAUAUUCCUUAAAAUCAAUGAAGUUGUUGAGUAUGGUCCAAAAAGUCUCAACUUUCUGAAUAAAAAGCAGGAAAUCAGGAAAAUUGUCCAGGAAAAUGAAAUGCUGAAAAAUAAGAUUGCCUCUGCUAAGUCAUUUGUGUCAAGAACUGAGAUUAUUUAGCAUUAAUCUUAGUGUUACCAGGAGAAAUCAGGAUUAGAAUACUCCAUUUGA